CCAGCAGCAGCAGCAUCAUCAUCACAUCAUCACCAUCACUGAACAGGGAGGAUACGACCACCGCAGCGCUCCACCACCACCGCCUUUAAAACACAGCCCGGCAUGAGUUAUAAACAUGUAAUCAGGGAGUGUCGGUCUUAGUUCAUCAGAGGAGCCGCCGUUCUGCACUUCUGCCGAUUUAUAAUCUCACCUUUUUCCAGCAGCGCAGCCUCCCAUCCCUCAAGAUGGCUGAGAUCACUGAAAUACGAGCAGCAUACGAUAUGUCCCCAGUGCUGGCAGGCUUUAUCGGGGCCGGUGUGCUGGUGGUCGCAGUGGUCGGGUUAAUUUUCAUGUGGACCUGCUGCCAUAAACGCUACCAAAGGAUGUCCGGCAACUACAAGCUUCACGGCAUCCAGACAGAACAUGGAGACCCGUCUAUAGACCCGCCGUACAAGUUCAUUCACAUGCUGAAGGGCAUGAGCAUCUACCCGGAGACUCUGACCAGCAGUAAGAGGAUUGUACGGCUGGUGAGAAAAGCCGGUCUUCGCAGUGGUGAUGUAGAGAAAGCUGGCAGGGGCUGCCCAGUGGUGCUGGUAGACGCAGGCACAGGGUCAGAAAGCAGCCCAGAGGGGGCUCCUCAGCUUCAGAUGAGUGGGUUAGAAGACAACUCUCGCCCGGCGCCACGGCUAGAGAGGGAACUGCCGGUGCGUGCCGAUUACUGUACUCUGGACAGCAGCCCGGCCAGUGGCAGCAGCAGCCAAAGCUCCAGCACCACGGUCUCCAACACAGCCACUCCCUUUACUCCAGCUGACGAGCAGAACCGUGGCACCCUGAGCCUGGCUGUCGACUACAACUUUCCCAAGAAAGCCCUGGUGGUGACCGUCUUGGAAGCACAAGGGCUGCCGGCUGUGGACGGACAGGCAGGGAGUGCGGACCCCUAUGUGAAGAUGACCAUCCUGCCAGAUAAGAAGCACCGUGUGAAGACACGCGUCUUGCGCAGGACGCUGGAGCCAGUGUUUGACGAGACCUUCACCUUCUACGGCGUGCCCUACAGCUCGCUGCCUGAGCUCACACUGCACUUCCUGGUGCUGAGCUUCGACCGCUUCUCACGGGACGACGUGAUCGGGGAGACGCUGGUACCGCUGGCUGACGUGGACCCCAGCACAGGCAGAGUGCACAUCACGCAGCAGAUCAGCAAAAGGAGCAUGCAGUGUGUGAGUCGUGGGGAGCUGCUGGUGUCUCUGUCCUACCAGCCCGUCUCUCAUAGGCUCAGCGUUGUGGUGCUGAAGGCUAGACAUCUUCCCAAACUGGAUAUCACCGGCCUGUCUGGAAAUCCGUACGUGAAAGUGAACGUGUUUUAUGGCCGCAAGCGUAUCGCCAAGAAGAAGACUCAUGUGAAGAAGUGCACGCUGAACCCCGUCUUUAACGAGUCCUUCAUCUACGAUGUGCCCGCUGACCUACUACCUGACAUCUCCAUUGAAUUCCUGGUCAUGGACUUUGACCGCACCACUAAGAACCAAGCUGUGGGCCGUCUGGUGCUGGGCACACACAGUCCCUGCCCCUCUGGCGCCACCCACUGGCAAGAGGUCUGCCAAAACCCACGCCGACAAAUCUCCAAAUGGCAUAGCCUCAACGAAUACUAGGGCUCGGGCUCCAGCUCUCGCGCUCUUUCUCCUGCACACAUAUCAGCAGACACACACAUACACCCAUACACACACAUACACACACACACACAUACAGACACAGAAAUGCUAUACACAAAUAGACAAGGGAGACCUCGGGCCCUAAGAGAGAUGUCUGUGCACAUCUGUGUCUUGAAAACAAGACGAAAGGAACACCCUAUGAUUUAGAGGCACUUCAGAUGGACUCUGUGAGAAACACAAUGGACUUCUGCAACAGCCGUAUAGUGAUCGUUCUGAAAUAAUCCUUUUUAAAUAAAGCUGUUCCAGCCAUGUAUUGAACACUGACACAAACACACACAGAUACAAACACACAUAUCACUGAAGAAUAGUAACUGAAGAGACCAAAAUAUUACUAUGUACACAAUUCUGAGACUGUUAUGAGUACAAUCUCCUGAUUUAAGCAGUUGUGAUUGUGUGUAUGUUUAAAUAACAGUGUAAAAUGUCUGCCUCUACAGACCUCUCACUGCACUGCUCUAUCUCACUAUCUACCGCAUGUCUAAAAAACAGAAAGAUUUUACUCUACAGAAACAAACAAACUGAAAAAAAAGUACUAGAAACUAAGCAAAGAGUAGUCAGUGCUGAGAGUUAGUGUCGCUUGUCACAUUGAAGUUAAAUGCGACCAUUGGUGUACAUUCCAUUCAUUCUUGGACUGUUUAAGAAGAAGAUCAGGUAAAGAUAUCAGUUUCAUGAUGCCCUUCUCCUCUGCUGGUAUGUGAAGGAUCAUGAAGAUCCAGAUGUAGCUGAAACCCAGUGAUAGCACACUGUGCGGAGCUGACACAGAAACCACACGUAAUAAUUUGUGUGGUCUUCUUCUGUGCAAUAUGGUGAACGGUAAGGACUUUUUACCACGGUCCUUGCAGGCUUUCAUUAUUACAUACACAUUGCAAAAGUGAAAACAUCUUAAAUGUUAAUUUCAUUUGUCGGGAUGUCAUUUUUGCACUGCACAAUCCAGUUCAUGCAUACUUAAACGAGCAUUAGUCAAUAUCCACAAUUUCCAGCCUUUAAUGGUUGAGAAGCAAUGAACACGACAACCCUGAAACCAUUUUUUAACAUUUACAAUCCUGGUCUUGUACGCAAAGCAUGCCUCUAAAUUUAUCAUUCUUAAAAUAGACUUAUCAAGUACUUUCUUGUUGGAAUUGUGGGGGCAUUUAGCCACUUAGAGUUUGGUUUGUAAAGACCUUCUACUGUGAAAGUAUUCACUUGUAUUCGCUGCCCAAUUUUUCAUUAUAAUAAGCUCCCAUGAGUUUAUCAGUCACUAACUGUGUUAGAUAUUUAUCUAACUGAUAUUACAUAAUUUGUUUUGAAAGAGGCUCAUGCAAGGGUUGGCUUACUGAUGUCUUUUUUCCUCCUUGGGUUAAACCAAAAAUCGUCAUAUAAAUAUUUAUCUACUCCAUUUGUAGUAAUAAUUCUCUCCAUUUUGGAAAAGCACUAAUAGUGGCAAACAGGUUUUUCAAACAGGUUUGUGCUGAUGAUGAUACAAAUUAAUUAUUUUUUGACUGAUGCUCCUUUAAAUAUGACACUGUAUCAGCUUCAAGGGAGAGAGUAUGAGGCCAGUCACCAUCUGCUCAGAAACUCACUUUGAAUGUGGUCGUACUGUAAAUGUCUGUAAACGUCACCAACGUCACACGAGCUCAAAGUCUGUUUUUUCCACCACGCAAGUUGCCUCUUUUUUAUACGUUUCUCUCUCGGUCCUGUGCUGCACGCCAUAUGCUCUUUUGAAGCAGUUUUUUCUCCACUGGGUCUUAAUGACACUGUAAAUAUUGCACAACACGGAGCGGGGGGGCAUCUGUGUGUAUUUACUUUGAGGUUAUUAGAUAUCGUUCUGUAUGCACUGGACAACACUGGCAUGUUUCGUGGAGGCCUGGUACUGUAGGUAUGGUAUGAUGUGUGUUAGUGAAACACUGGAACAGAUCUGUAAGAUAUCUGAUAUUGGUUAAUAGGCUGUAAAGGUAAAUAAUAAGCCCUGUUGGCUCUCUGGCUGCACUGAGGCCAAAGGACAUGUAGCUAUGGUUUAAAAGCCUGUUUUUUUUUUUAGUUUCACAUACAGUGAGGUGUGUAAGGUGCUGUGCACAAUGGGGACAUUUCCAUUGUUUUUAGCCCAAUAGUAAUUGCAGUUUAAGCUGAUAAUAGGCUGAUUAUCUCACUGGUACAUGUACAAAGGAUUUUUGUUUGCAAUAAAUGUUGCGCCAGAGUAAAUUGAAGGGAAUUUACCAUUCCAUACAGAUAGCAUUAGAUUAGUUGUGACCUGUCUGAUGUUCAAUGCACUUCACAUAUUGAUACGUUUUUAAAAGUUUUACAUUUUUUAAAUUGGAAAGAUGAUUAAAGAAAUGGGAUCAGAAUUAAGAGAAAAAACUGUGUUAAUUAAGCCCUUCCAUCAAAUUCCAUCAAAUAACCGUAUGUUGAUGGUUUGUCGAUUUUGAGAGAAAUCAGCCAUUCUUUCUUUUUCCAUUUAAAAACUGAAGUGUGCUUUAUGCAGACUUAUAUUUCUUGACUCUUCAUGAAGGCACUUAAAAUAGCUGAUUCUCCCAGAAGGGAGAGAUGGUUGAUACAUGGUUUUCCGUUGGAAGGGCUCAAUUAACACAGUUAGCCCACAAAUUCCAUAUUGAUACAUCCCUAGAGAAAGAGGUAAAUGGAGGAAGCUCUGACCCAGCAGGCUGGUGUACAGGGCAUUUCUUUCCACAUUAGCCCCUUCUGACCCCUGUCUGACUUCACCAUUACUGUAACCCUGCACACACAGUCAUGUAAUCCAAUCCAAUCCAAUAACUACCAACCCCCAGACCUAGAGUUAAAGCAUAUCGUCUUCAUACUACUCUUCCCUUAGACAUUUUCUCAGUAGCAGAAGGACAUACACAGGCUACUUUGACUCUUGUUUAAUGGGGCCAUCUAAUGGAUAUGGUGCAGAUCGUUAGCUAACUGGAAGGAAAAGGGCUUCUCAUCAUACAGGCUUCAAGUGCUCUAGUUGAACUACAACUGAAAAAAAGCACCCCUCCUUACUGUACAAAGCGCUUUUUGUAUCUUAUUGCCAGUAUUACACAUUAAUUGGCUGAAAAGAUUAAACACAUACAGAAGAUAAGGUGUUGUGACCAUGAUCCCAUUGGUUUAAAAAAAAUAUAAGAAUAAUUUGGAAGAACCAUCUGUGUGCAAAUGUUACAAAUAAAAACAAUAAAAGAAUAACUUGUGAAUAAUUGACGUACAUUGCCGAAUGCUCAGAGACAUUUGCUGAAUAUAAUGCACUAACCUGUAUGUUGGUGUUCUUACACACACUGAAUGUACAAAUUAAAUGUGAUACAAAAGUGA